AUGAUAACUACUAAAGAAGAUGAGGAUGGCUCUAUUUGCUAUUAAGACUUUACAAAAAAAAUAUUUAGAGUAUCAGAUAGCGGAUAAUGCAAAUAGUUAGAUGGCGAGCAGGAAAAUUAUCAAUUUUUUUAAGCAGACUUUUCUUAAUAGCAAAAUUCUUAAACUCAAUAAAAUGAUAAUGAUAGUAUUCUUUCAAAAAAUAUUGUUUCAAGGAGAGGGAAGAACGAACAUUCAUUUUAAUCUAGGGAUUUAUAAAUUUGUUUUGAUGAGACUUUGAAUAAUGAAAUUUAGAUUCCUUUUAGUUAAAAAACAUUUGAAACUCCAUAGAAUAGAGAUUAAAAAAUGAAACCUUUAAGUAGCAAAACUCAGAAUACUAUUCAUAUUAAUAAUCAAUAAACAUAAUUUGUAACUUUAUGUAAAGAUGAUAUCAGCCAAUUUAACUAUUUUGAUCAUUAAUUUCCAACAAACCAUUACGAUAAGCGAACUUGUUCAGGUGAGGAAAUAAUUGGAUAUGGAGACAUAACUCCAAAAUCAUAUAUUGAAAAAACAUUUAUUGUAAUUAUGGCGUUUAUUUGCUGUGCUAAUUUUGGUUAUGCAAUGAAUUAAAUUGGACUCAUCAUUUAAGAGUAUAAUGAAAUAAAAGUUUAAUACAGAUAAAAUAUAGCUACCAUAAACAAAUACAUGAAAGAAAGAGAUGUAAACAAAUUGUUGUAAAGUAAAGUCAGAAAAUACUUUGAAUAUAUCUAUUCAGAGUCAGAGAAUUUUAACAGUCAUAGUGACUAAGCCCUCUCCAAGCUUUCAUCAAACUUGUAGCUACAAAUAAAAAAAGAAAUUAAUUUAAGAUCUCUUAAAAACAUACCAUUUCUAUAUACAAUAUUUUCCAACGAGUGUCUUGAGAAAGUUGCACUAAAAAUAAACGAAAGGUCAUAUGGCAUAGGAGAAACAAUUGUUGACUAGAAUGAAAUUCAAAAGCCUACUUUGUACUACAUAACAAAAGGAGAAGUUACCAUCUAUCUGAAAGAUUAGUUCUAAGUCUAUAACAAAUAAUUUAAAUAGCUCAAACCAAGCAACAUUUUUGGAGAAUAUUAAUUUUUUUCUUCCUCCUUAGAAAGUCAUUUUACCUACAUCUCUUCUGGUAUAACAACUGUUUAAACUUUGCUUAUGGAGGAUUUAAUUUAGGUUUUAGAAGAAUUUCCAAAUGAGAAAGAAAAAUUUUGCUAUGUAAAGGAUAGAGUAUAGCUUUAUGGGAAGGUCUAAGAUAUCAAAGUUUACUGCUACUCUUGUAAAAGUAGUAGCCAUUUAGUUGAUAAUUGUCCAUACCUCAUGUAUAAACCUAAUUUAAAUAAGGUCAUUUACUAAUUCUGUAAGUAGUCGAAAGAUUUUUAAAAAGCUUUUAAAAGAAAAGCAACAAAAACUUUUUAAACUUUAAGUUAGCUAAAUGAUUUAUAAAAAUAAGCUGAAAGUUUAAUAGAAAAUUUGUUAGACGAUGAAGACUCUUAAGUUAAUUUAAGCUUUUUAUAAUCUUAAAACGAAAUACUUGUAGCUUAAAAAAGCAGGAAUAAUUCUGAGUAACUUGAAUCUACUAAUAAUUUAGAAUAAAAGCAAAAGUCUAGUGGUAACAUAUAAGAGAUAAACUAAAACACGCUUAUUAAAGUAAAUAAUGAUUGUGUCCUUUAAUAAUAAGAUACCUCGUAACGCUGUUUAGAUUCUGAAAAAGAAAUUAACUUCAAUUUGGAAUAAUAAAGAGAAAGAUUAUCUGAAUUAGGGGGAUUUAAAAGAAAACCAUCAAUAUAAAAAAAUGAUGAAUAUAACUCUUAGCAUUCUUUGCUCAAUCAAGGUUAUCAUAGAAAAAGUAGUAUAAAUAUAAAUGGUAAUAACAAUUUAUAUGGUGAAUUCAAAGAUAAAUAGCAAGAACUAAUUAUUAAAAAUAGAAGGCAGUCUAAAAUAAGAAGUGAAGAUAUUUAAGCAUCGUUUUUGCUUUAAUAAAAUUAGUAGCAAAACAAAAAUCAUGUAUAAGAAAAAAGAAGAGAAUCUAUAUAAAACGUAAUGCAAGUUGCUUAGUUUUAGAAUAAUAUUAUUAACAAUGAACUAUAAUAAUAAAUGUAAAGCUUGUUUAAUCAAUUUCUUAGUGAAUUUAAAUAAAUCUAGACUAUCUAAAAUAAAGAAGUCUAGAGACUAUCAAUAAGUAAUGAAUAGUAGUUUUUAAAAUCAAUACAAGUUGAUAACGAUUUUAAUUAAUAUGUCUUAAAGCAUACAUCAAUCAAUUAAUACAAGCAACAAUACAUAGAAAACUUGCUUGAUAAAAAAGCUACGAAUAAUGCUACUAAUAACGACUCACCAUUUCAUGAGACUUAUGAAAUGGAUACCCUUAAGAUAUUUAAAUAUUAUUUUUUACACAAUAACGUAGAUAAAGUACUACGUGAAUAUUAUAUAAAAUAUAGCAAAAACUUUUAUCUUCAAAAAGAAUAAUUCAAAAAGAAAAGGAUUUUAAAUAAAAAAGUAACUAAACAAAUUUAAUAAAAGAAAUGA